CGCCAGCGGUUCUGAGCCUGAAACGCCUCCGCUGCCAGCCCGCGGGGCCACGCCGGCUCCUACUCCUGAGGGGUCGGGGGGCGCCCCCAUGGCCGCAGCGGGGUGUGGGAGGCCAAGGGUGUAAGCGGGCGGUCGUCAUGGAGGCGGAGCAGCGGCCGGCGGCGGGGGCCGGCGAAGGGACGACCCCUGGGCUGGAGGCGGCGCCUCCCACUGCUCCCACUCCCGCGACCGCGGCCUCGGGUCCGAUCCCCGGGUCAGCUCCCGAGCCUAAGAGGAGGCAGCUCGGGACGCUACUGCAGCCCACGGUCAACAAGUUCUCUCUUCGGGUAUUCGGCAGCCACAAAGCAGUGGAAAUCGAGCAGGAGAGGGUGAAGUCAGCGGGGGCCUGGAUCAUCCACCCCUACAGCGACUUCCGGUUUUACUGGGACUUGAUCAUGCUGCUGCUGAUGGUGGGGAACCUCAUCGUACUUCCCGUGGGCAUCACCUUCUUCAAGGAGGAGAACUCCCCUCCCUGGAUUGUCUUCAAUGUCCUUUCUGAUACUUUCUUCCUGCUGGAUCUGGUACUCAACUUCCGCACCGGCAUCGUGGUAGAGGAAGGCGCAGAGAUCCUUCUGGCACCGCGGGCCAUCCGCACGCGCUACCUCCGCACCUGGUUCCUGGUUGACCUCAUAUCUUCCAUCCCCGUGGAUUACAUUUUCUUGGUGGUGGAACUGGAGCCACGGCUGGACGCUGAGGUCUACAAGACGGCGCGCGCCCUGCGCAUCGUUCGGUUCACCAAGAUCCUCAGCCUGCUGCGGCUGCUCCGCCUCUCCCGCCUCAUCCGCUACAUUCACCAGUGGGAGGAGAUCUUUCACAUGACCUAUGACCUGGCCAGCGCUGUGGUUCGUAUCUUCAACCUCAUUGGGAUGAUGCUCCUGCUCUGUCACUGGGAUGGCUGUCUGCAGUUCCUGGUCCCCAUGCUGCAGGACUUCCCUCCUGACUGCUGGGUUUCUAUGAACCGCAUGGUGAACCACUCGUGGGGCCGCCAGUACUCCCAUGCCCUGUUCAAGGCCAUGAGCCACAUGCUGUGCAUUGGCUAUGGGCAGCAGGCUCCCGUGGGCAUGCCCGACGUCUGGCUCACCAUGCUCAGCAUGAUCGUGGGCGCCACGUGCUACGCCAUGUUCAUCGGUCACGCCACUGCCCUCAUCCAGUCCCUGGAUUCUUCGCGGCGUCAGUAUCAGGAGAAGUACAAGCAGGUGGAGCAGUACAUGUCCUUCCACAAGCUCCCGGCUGACACCCGGCAGCGCAUCCAUGAGUACUAUGAGCACCGCUACCAGGGCAAGAUGUUCGACGAGGAGAGCAUCCUGGGCGAGCUGAGCGAGCCACUGCGGGAGGAGAUCAUUAACUUCACCUGCCGAGGCCUGGUGGCCCAUAUGCCACUGUUCGCCCAUGCCGACCCCAGCUUCGUCACCGCGGUGCUCACCAAGCUACGCUUUGAGGUCUUCCAGCCGGGGGACCUUGUGGUGCGUGAGGGCUCCGUGGGCAGGAAGAUGUACUUCAUCCAGCACGGGCUGCUCAGUGUGCUGGCACGUGGUGCCCGGGACACCCGCCUCACUGAUGGAUCCUACUUUGGGGAGAUCUGCCUGCUGACCCGGGGCCGGCGCACAGCCAGUGUGCGGGCCGACACCUACUGCCGACUCUACUCACUUAGUGUGGACCAUUUCAACGCAGUGCUUGAGGAGUUUCCUAUGAUGCGCAGGGCUUUUGAGACUGUGGCAAUGGAUCGGCUGCGCCGCAUAGGCAAGAAGAAUUCCAUACUGCAACGGAAGCGCUCCGAGCCAAGCCCAGGCAGCAGCGGCGGUAUCAUGGAGCAGCAUUUGGUGCAACACGACAGGGACAUGGCUCGGGGAGUCCGGGGUCUGGCUCCAGGCACCGGAGCUCGGCUCAGUGGGAAGCCAGUGCUGUGGGAGCCGCUUGUGCAUGCCCCUCUACAGGCAGCUGCUGUGACCUCCAACGUGGCCAUUGCUCUGACUCACCAGCGGGGCCCCCUGCCUCUCUCCCCAGAUUCUCCAGCCACCCUCCUUGCUCGCUCUGCUCGACUCUCAGCAGGCUCCCCAGCUUCCCCGCUGGUGCCUGUCCGAGGCGGCCCUCUGCUGGCUCGGGGGCCGUGGGCAUCCACCUCCCGCUUGCCUGCCCCACCAGUUCGAACCCUCCAUGCCAGCCUAUCCAGGGCAGGGCGCUCCCAGGUGUCCCUGCUGGGCCCUCCACCAGGAGGAGGUAGCCGGCGGUUAGGACCUCGGGGCCGCCCACUCUCAGCCUCCCAACCCUCUUUGCCUCAGCGGGCAACAGGCGAUGGCUCUCCUGGGCGGAAGGGCUCUGGAAGUGAGCGGCUGCCCCCCUCAGGCCUCCUAGCCAAGCCUCCAGGGACAGCCCCGUCCCCCAGGCCACCAGUGCCUGAGCCAGCCACGCCCCGGGGCCCCCAGCUCUCUGCCAACAUGUGAAACCUUUGGUUACACAGGCCUUAGCUAUUGGGGUGCAAUAGUGUGUGCCCAAUGGCAGAUGACUCCUGGGGAAGGCUGAGAGGACCCAAAACACUGCCUACGGGAAUGUCUGUCCUUAUCACCAUGAAGAUAGUCUGCGUCCUCAGCUCGAGCAUCCACAGCCUGUCUAACAUCCUAACGCAUUCAUCCAUUUGUUCUAUGUACCGAGUGCCUACCAUGCUCAAGGCACUGUGCCAGGCGCUGUAUGUCUCCACUGCCAAGUAGAAGUGACUCAAAGCCCUUUGACAAGGGCACUCCCUGGCCAAGGUCCUGCCAGGUGCAGGCCUGGAUCCAUGACCCCACCUUUAUUAAGCACAAGUGCUUGCCAUCACCAUCACUGCCAAGUAAUUAGAUAUCUCUGUUUCCCUGCCAAUGACCCUGCAGGUUCUGCCCCAUGUGGUUAUCUUCCUGUCCCCUUAGCAUAGCUGGGCACUAUCAAUUACCUGUGCCCUCACUGCUGCCAACAAAUCUCUUGAAUCCUUAGUGUGGGCAUCUACCUUUGCCCUCUUACUGCCACCUGUGGACCCACCCAGAUAAUGUCCUCUAAGUGGGAACACACAUCUACCCAGUUCCCUGCGAUCUCUGUCCAUGUGGUAGAGUUAUUUUUGUAAACUGGGAGCUGCCUCUUCCCUGUGCCUCCUGCCCCAGUGGCGUACCCCCCCCCUUAAACUAAGGGAUAAUUGUCACCUCCUUACUGUGCUAGCCUAGAUCCACCUUGGUAGGGGGCAAGUAUCCGAAUCCUUAUAUGAUCUCUUCUUUCCUUUUUUAUUUGUCUUAUUUAUUCAGUUAUUUAUUAAUUUUAUUUAUUCAUUUGCUAAUUUGACUUAUCCAUUCAUUUUAUCCUUUAUCUGUCCUUCCCCCCUCUCCUGGGAGGGAGAUGGGAGGAGCAGGAGGAGGCAGGACCAUUCUACACCCAAACUCUUGUGGUCCUUGUGCAGUGCCAUCAGCAAUAUCAAACCCUCUCCCUACCUAGGUAAAGGCAGGUGGGGCCACCCAAGAGGGGGAGGGGACUAUUUUUAUCUUUGUUAUUUUCUCUUCUGGGUCUGCUGUUGGUGCAGGAGUAAGGAGGGCCCCACAGUAUCCAAGCCUGGGGAAGAGCAGCCAGCCAGCCCCUCUACCUUCUCAGGGACAAGAGUAACCCCUUACCCACCCACUCUGUCCCUUCUACUCUGCAGUAUCAAAGAAUGUGGGGCCAGGACCCUAAAUCUCCUUUCCUCCUGGGUGGGGAGUUCUGGGGUUCUUGGUGUGUGGGAGAAGUUUUAUAAUUGCUGCUAAAUAGCUGGGUUUAAAAGAAAAUAGAGACUUAUUUUGGCUCUUG